UCACAUUCUUACAAUGUAUUUAAUAUUUUAUUAAUUAAAUUCAUAAUAUGAUUAAUAUUUUUUAUUAAUACACAUUUUAUGCGGGUUGGUGGCUCGCGCGUUGUAAUUAAGUUAUACUUGAACUUUGUCACGGCACGGAAUGUGUCUAACAUAAUUAUUGAUAUAAAGUAAAAAUUAAUUUAUUACUAAAUAAUUCUAUGGAUUUUUACAGGAGUCAAAAUUAUGAAACCCGACAGAAGUAUGAGAAUCAACUAUGUCAACUACAAAAUAAAAAUCUUGAAUUACAGGAAAUAACACACUUUAUUGAAAGACUGAACAUACUCGAUACAUUAAUGCAGGAUAUUGAUAAAAAUCUAGAAAUCGAGGAGCAACAAAUGAGCGAUGAAAAAAGAAAAGAACUGCAAAGCCAAGCACUGAAAUUACAAAAAAUUGGUGAAGAUUAUUUAAAAGAGCUAUCGAAACUGCGAAGAAUGGCAAUAUUUUUUAUCGAAAUAAACUCAAAAAUACUACAGAUGUCUAAAGUGUACAUUCGGAAUACACAAAAUUCUACUAA